CAAUAAUUAAAGUACCUACCGUACGGGUACGUUAGAUGCGCGCGCCGACGCCAAACCCGCAAAUCUUUGGCCGAAUCAACCACAUAUGCAUAUACUCAGUACACCCAUACACCCUGCUACUACGACCUUGUACUUGCACUUAGUCUUACACACCUACACCUACAUAAUACCUACCUAUACAUUUAUACCUUCAUACCUACAUCUACACUUAUAUGGAUGUAGGUCAAUCUUCAACACCUUCACCGUCUAUGCUUCAAAAUUAGCUGCAUUCGACAGCCAUGACAUCUCUUUUCCAUUCGAUCCAAUCAUUUGAUGUCGACUAUAGGUGAGGCAUCGAGCCUCAUGAUUUCUUUUUCCAUCCGUAAAGUCAGCUCGCUAUGUCGUGGGAUCUACUCCAACGUUUUAUCGAGAGUGAUGUCUUCAACCAAAACCCCUUUCUCUCUGUAUCCUAUCUAUCUCGGUAUGCAGACCACGUCGGAAUCCACUAUGUUUUGUGCUCUAAGCUCCGCCAAUUCCCCUACGAGGAUAUCGAAUUCUUCUUACCCCAGCUGUGCCACCUUAUAAUAAGUGUCGACAAUGAUUCUAUGGCAUUGGAAGAGUUUUUGCUCGAUCUCUGCGAAGAAUCUGUUACCGCCGCCUUACUGACAUUCUGGCUCUUUCAAACCUACCUUCACGAUCUCGCACCGACACCGCAAUCUCAAGCAUUUAAGACCUGCCGAAGAGUUUAUAACAAAGUACAACAUAUUGUGUUUGGGCUUUCAGACACUGCAAGACAUGAAAAGAUUAAAGAGAACAUUUUACCCGUCACCGUACUUGCAAGUUUUGUGUUGGCCAGUGUCGGUCUUCCCAUCGUACCGCAAUGGGCCGGCCCCUUAGCUGUCGCGCAAGCGAGAAAAUCGCAUCCUUCCGGUCAUGUCAUAUCCGAAACGGGCGAACCGACCCAAUCGAAUCAACAACCCAACCAAAUGUCCAAGAUAACUAGAAGCCAGACUGUUGCUGGGAGCUCGGCGAGGUCACGGCGGCCGCGUGAGUUAGCUCGAGUUGGAAGUCUCCCUGACUCUAGACAGGCUGUUUCAUCACCGAAGAAGUCACCAUAUCCUACUACUCCCGUAACCGUUGCCAGUCCUGAGACCACCGGAGAUACUCCACCCGAGUCGCGGAAACCUGGUUACAUCGACGGUAAAUUGUUGGAGGCUCGGCUAAGCUCGUCGUCUCUUCCGCUUCCCGAAGUAAGAUCGCCGAGGACGGUAACACGACCGAUAACUCCGAUGUCUGCUGGUCUGCCACGUCCAACCGAUACAAUAUCUCGAAGGCAUUCUCAUCAUGUGAAAACGCUUGCAAGCUUAGCAGAGAUGACUUUAGCUCAAAAAGGGAGAUUACUCCGACAAAACUACUUCCAUUGCCAGACAGCAUUUCUGGCAGCGCUCGAAGAUAUAUCGAACCGAUUAGUCAUAGUACCAAAGCCAGCUCGUCUUAGCGCUUUGCGAGCCGAGCUUGCAUUGAUUGCCAGGGACCUACCAGCUGAACUAGAUAUACCUAUUAUAUGCCCACCUACACUUGUAGAUGGUUCACCCGCGAAGAGCCGUCACCAUCGUAUCGUCAGACUCAAUCCGGCAGAGGCCACUGUUCUGAACAGUGCUGAGAAAGUGCCAUAUUUGCUCAUGGUUGAGAUUCUUCGUGAUGAUUUCACUUUUGAUCCGACUUCAGGGGACAACCAAAGAUUACUUAGUAAUCUUGUUGGUGAACAAGGCACCCGCAAACGUCUCUUCGAUUUAUCAGAUGCGCAAAAGACAGAUACUACUGAAAAGAUACCUGAAACCGUUGUGGAAAAGAUUGAUAGUGUCUUCGAACCAACUUCGGGGGAUCUAGGAACAUCGCCGAUGCUCAAACCAUUCGAUUAUGAGGAGAAUUUGAGUAAAAGAAAUGGAAAACAGCCUGGUCAUCGCAGAGGCACACCCAACGGCACAGGUAAUGUGCCUUCGUCAAUUGACUUAACGCCGUCGCGUGCUUCGGUGGCGUCAACAUCUAGGUCUAGUAGUCCUGGUCCACUCCGAAGAAUAGCACUACCGAAUCAACGCAGCGUGUCCGGCGAGCAGCCCGAUUUCUCAGCCCUAGCAACACAUAUGCGAACAGCAUCACAAAUGCUAGCCCAACUUGAUGCGACGAGCGGCAAACGGCCACGCCAGGAAGUUGCAGCCAUUCGAUCAAAAAUUAUUGCAAGUAUGCAGAGUCUAGAAGAGCAAAGCUUUGAUCUUGAUGACGGCCAAGGUCCAACGUUUGAUUUGAUCAUGGCUAAAGCCGCUAGUGCUGCCAGCGCGACAGCGACGUCUUCAACUUCCGAAGGUGGGGCAGACUUAGAUGAGGAUCUUGACCCAACAAGUAACGUGAAUGCUGGUGCGGCGAGGAUGGAGAACGAUGCAAUGACAGGAGGAGUUCAAAGAAAGGGAGACCGCGACGACCCUAGUGCUGCAGUUUUUGGAGAGGCGUGGAAUAUGAAAAAAGAGCGAAUACGAAAAACCUCACCCUAUGGAUGGAUGAAAAACUGGGAUUUGAUUAGUGUCAUCGUCAAAACCGGGGCGGAUCUUCGACAAGAAGCAUUUGCCUGCCAACUUAUCCAAGUGUGUCAUAAGAUAUGGGUUGAUGCCGGAGUUCCUGUAUGGGUGAAGCUCAUGCGAAUUUUGGUCACGGGAGAGUCUUCAGGUCUCAUCGAAACAAUCACGAAUGGUGUUUCGCUACAUUCGCUCAAACGAAGUCUUACUUUGGCAUCGAUUGAUUCAGGAGUGAAUCCUCGGCGUCGAUUCGCAACAUUAAAAGACCAUUGGGUCAAAACUUUUGGCAAGCCGGACAGUGAGCCUUAUAGGGCAGCUGUGGACGCCUUCAAACGAUCCCUUGCGGCAUACAGCAUCAUCUCGUAUGUAUUACAAUUGAAGGACCGUCAUAACGGGAAUGUGCUCAUCGACAACGAAGGGCAUAUUAUCCACAUUGAUUUUGGAUUUAUGCUUUCAAACUCACCUGGGUCAGUUGGAUUUGAAGCAGCUCCUUUCAAGUUGACGUGGGAGUAUGUGGAUGUGUUGGGUGGUGUAGAUUCUCCGGAUUUUGAAGAUUUUAGAUCGUUAUGCAAACAGGCUUUCCAAGCUCUACGGAGAUCAGCAGACAACAUUGUCGAUCUGGUCAGCAUGAUGGGACGAGAUUCAAAAAUGCCUUGUUUCGCGGCUGGAGUAACACAGGCUACAGCAACGUUACGGCAACGCUUCCAAUUACAUUUAAGUGCCGACGCAGCCGAGAGUUUCGUAGAGACCGAUCUCAUAGCGAAGUCUCUUGGCAGUUACUAUACACGACUUUAUGAUACAUUCCAGUACCGCACACAGGGUAUAUAUUAGGCGCUUAGACGUUGAGGCCUGUGUCAAGGCUUCAGGGAGUUGAUAGCAUCACGGCAUUUGGGCGGCGUUGUAGGCGAUAUAGACUCAGGUUUGGAUUAAAUCUCCACCUAGGACACAAAGCUACUACUACUAUAUAUUUGAGUGACCAUAUCUAUCUCGGUCUAAGAGUAAGACUUACUUAGACUCGUAAAUAAAGAAGAAAGGUUGUUGAAACUUAUUUUUAUUCCUUCGUGUUUGAUCAUUCGGAUCACUUAGAAAAGGGGUAGAUGAAGAUAGAUCCAACGUGCGAUUCGAAGGCCCAGACUAGCGUGUAUGUUCUCCCUCUACCAAACAACAAUAGGAACAUGUUCCACAAUCAACCUAGCUUUUCUCCAUGACUGUAUCCCCCCAAACAG